AUGUCUUCACUUUCUUCACAGCCAGCGUAUACGUUGGUUUUUGAUCCUUCUCCGAGUAUGGAGACCUACUCAAGCACGGAUUUUCAGAAAGCUCUCGAAAAGGGAUCUGACGAACAAAAAAUUGAUACUAUGAAAUCAAUUUUGGUGACUAUGUUAGAGGGAAAUGCAAUGCCUGAAUUGUUGAUGCAUAUAAUCAGAUUUGUUAUGCCUUCUAAAAAUAAAGAAUUGAAAAAGCUUUUAUAUUUCUACUGGGAAAUUGUCCCUAAACUAGCAGAAGACGGGAAACUGAGACAUGAAAUGAUUCUUGUCUGUAAUGCCAUUCAGCAUGAUUUGCAACAUCCCAAUGAGUAUAUCAGAGGUAACACUCUAAGAUUUUUGACUAAACUGAGAGAGGCCGAGCUUUUAGAACAGAUGGUUCCUUCCGUUUUGGCAUGCUUGGAAUAUCGCCACGCAUAUGUCCGUAAAUAUGCUAUCUUGGCAGUCUUUUCUAUUUACAAAGUCAGUGAGCAUUUACUUCCGGAUGCCAAAGAAAUUAUAAAUUCGUUUAUAGUGGCUGAAACUGACCCAAUCUGUAAAAGGAAUGCGUUCAUUGGAUUAGCUGAGUUGGAUCGCGAGAACGCCUUACAUUAUUUGGAAAACAACAUCGCUGACAUAGAAAGUUUAGAUCCCUUAUUACAAGCGAUUUUUGUUCAGUUCAUUAGACAGGAUGCAAAUAGGACCCCCGCUUUGAAAGCCCAGUAUAUCGAACUAUUAAUGGAAUUGCUUUCCACCACAACUUCUAACGAAGUCAUUUUUGAGACCGCAUUGGCUCUAACUGUUUUGUCUGCUAAUCCAAAUGUUUUAGUUCCUGCUGUUAACAAGUUAAUUGACUUGGCCGUCAAGGUUUCUGACAAUAACAUCAAACUAAUUGUUUUAGAUCGUAUCCAAGACAUCAACGCUAAUAAUGCCGGCGCUUUGGAAGAACUGACCUUAGAUAUUUUAAGGGUCUUGAAUGCAGAAGAUUUAGACGUCCGUUCAAAAGCACUCGAUAUCUCCAUGGAUUUGGCUACAUCCAGAAACGCUGAAGAUGUUGUUCAGCUUUUAAAAAAGGAAUUGCAAACAACCGUAAAUAAUCCAGAUCAAGACAAGGCAAUGCAGUAUAGACAAUUAUUGAUUGAAACCAUCCGUACUGUGGCAGUAAAUUUUGUAGAAAUGGCAGCCAAUGUUGUUUCGCUUCUAUUGGAUUUUAUUAGUGAUUUGAACUCAGUUGCCGCUAGUGGCGUUAUCACCUUUAUUAAAGAAGUCAUUGAGAAAUACCCACAGCUAAAGGCCAAUAUCCUUAAAAACAUGGUUCAGGCCCUAGACAAUGUCAAAUCUGCGAAAGCUUACCGCGGUGCUUUGUGGAUUAUGGGCGAAUAUGCUGAAGAUGAAAGUGAGAUACAACAUUGUUGGAAGCACAUUCGUAAUAGCGUCGGUGAAGUGCCUAUCCUUCAGUCUGAGGUUAAGAAGUUAGCACAAAACCAAGAGGAUACGGAAGAAAACGAAGAUGAUGCUUCUGCCAAACCAACUGGCCCAGUUAUUCUACCAGAUGGUACGUAUGCUACUGAGAACGCCUUCGAUGUCAAGACCUCCCACAAAUCGGUUACCGAUGAAGAACGCGAUGCUAGACCUCCAAUCCGCCGCUUUGUAUUAAGUGGUGAUUUUUACACUGUCGCCAUUCUAGCCAACACCAUCAUCAAAUUUGUUCUGAAAUUUGAAAAGGUUUCUAAGAACAAAACCGUUACCAAUGCCUUAAAGGCGGAAGCUUUAUUGAUUUUGGUUAGUAUUGUAAGAGUAGGCCAAAGUUCAUUAGUGGAGAAGAAAAUCGAUGAAGAUUCUUUAGAAAGAGUCAUGACAUCUAUCUCUAUCUUAUUGGAUGAAGCCAAUUCUGAGGAAAAGGAAGACGAAAUCAAACUUCUGGAAAUUGCAUUUUUGGACACCACCAAAUCUUCCUUCAAGAAGCAAAUCGAAAUUGCAAAGAAGAACAAACAUAAGAGAGCUUCAAAAGAUAAUGACAAGAAUAUCGAGCCAAUUGACAAACCAGUUUUCUUCAGACAGUUUUCUGGGACAGAUUCUACUAAUGUACAAAAGGAUAGUAUUGAAGAAGAUUUGCAGUUGGCAAUGAAAGGGGAUGCCAUUCAUGCUAGUAGUAACUCUAGCAUUUCUAAAUUGAAGAAAAUUGUACCUUUAUGUGGCUUUUCUGAUCCAGUUUAUGCUGAGGCUUGUAUUACAAAUAAUCAAUUCGAUGUCGUAUUGGAUGUUCUUCUGGUCAAUCAAACGAAGGAGACUUUGAAGAACCUACACGUGCAAUUUGCAACCCUUGGUGAUUUGAAAAUCAUUGAUACACCUCAAAAGACUAAUGUCAUUCCUCAUGGUUUUCACAGAUUCACUGUUACUGUCAAAGUUUCUUCUGCUGACACUGGUGUUAUUUUCGGUAAUAUUAUUUAUGAUGGUGCACAUGGUGAAGAUUCUCGUUACGUCAUCUUGAAUGACGUUCAUGUUGACAUAAUGGAUUACAUCAAACCAGCCGCCACUGAUGAUGAGCAUUUCCGUACUAUGUGGAAUGCAUUUGAAUGGGAGAACAAAAUUUCAGUUAAAUCACAACUACCAACAUUGCAUGCUUACCUAGAAGAAUUGAUUAAGGGAACAAACAUGGGAAUCCUAACACCAUCAGAGUCUUUAGGAGAAGAUGAUUGCAGGUUCUUAAGUUGUAACUUGUAUGCAAAAUCAUCCUUUGGUGAAGAUGCUCUGGCCAACUUGUGUAUUGAAAAGGAUUCCAAGACUAAUGAAGUUAUAGGUUAUGUCCGUAUCCGUUCAAAGGGACAAGGUUUGGCCCUAUCACUAGGUGACAGGGUGGCAUUGAUUGCCAAAAGGACCAAUAAGCUCACUCUUACCCAUGUUUGA